GUGUAAUUAUUAUCUCCACGUAGUGUAUAGCCAUACAUGUCACCGCCGCGGAAACUGAACAGAUACUUAAUGGCUGUGCGUGGACGCCGCCAAGAGCAGGAACCAUGCGAGCACAGCAAAACAUCCCAAACCGACGAGGAAAAACAACGCGAUCGACAGCGCAACGAGCGUGAAGCCAAAAAGGAAGAGCAGGACGCCAUUAACUAUAAGCGCGACAAGGAGCAACGGGAGGCACGUUUGUUGGACUUUGAAAUACGACGUCAACAGAAGCGUGAGGAACAGAAUCAGCAGCGACAGCAGCAACAGCAACACCAGCAACACCAACAGCAGCAACAGCAGCAACAGCAACAACAGCAGCAACAGCAACAGCAGCUAUGCCAUCAGCAGCAGCAGCAGCAUCAACAACAACAGCAGCAACAAUCUAGUGAAAAGAGUCCGCCCACAACAUCAACAUCAACAUCGACUUACGCAAAUUCCCAGCAACAGCAACUGCAGCAACAUCUACGACAGACACCAACACCACAUCAGAGUGGCAGCGGAAGUGCUAAUACAAAUACACCUGUCACACCCAAAUUGCAAACACCGCCAUCAGCAACCCUCGAUCGAUCCAUUCCACCCGCCUUUCGCAGUCGUUCCAUAGAACGUGAGAUUCUCUACGAACGCAAACGCUUCUCAACGUUGGAAUCGGUUGAAAUAAAGGAACACGAAAGCCCGGCUCCAACGCAGCAUAUUUUCAACGAAACGGGAACUCUUUCUUCAGCAACGGCGGGCCCACCAGCAACAGCUGCAGCUGCCACAGCUGCCAUAAUACCAAUACUACCGUUGGGCGUUGCGACUCUCCGCGAUGAUUCUACGGAGUCCGAACAGUCAGUGCCCUGUACACAGAACCAAUUGGAUGCCUAUCAUCGCAUCAUGUGCCGGGCCCCAAUAGCGUCACUCGACUGUAUGGAGGAGUUCAGUGGUACGGGCGGUCAUCUUGAUUUCGGCCGCUCGAUAAGUCUUGGCUCGAAUCCGGCAUUGCCGUUGCGACAUGGCUCCACUCCGACGCCUGGACUGCGGUAUAAGAAUCUAGGCAAGAGUGGCCUCCGCAUAUCGAAUGUGGGUCUGGGCACAUGGCCAGUUUUCUCACCGGGCGUUAGUGAUGAGCAGGCCGAAGCCAUACUCAAGUUGGCCAUUGAAAGUGGCAUCAAUCUGUUUGACAUCUCGGAGGCUCAUUCGGAGAUGGAAAUUGGCAAGAUAUUGCAGAGAGCCGGUUGGAAACGGACAGCCUAUGUUAUAACCACAAAAGUGUAUUGGAGUACCAAAUCCGAAGAGCGAGGCCUCUCACGCAAACAUAUUAUCGAGUGCGUUCGAGCCAGUUUACAGCGUCUGCAAUUGCAAUAUAUUGAUAUAGUUAUUAUUCAUAAGGCAGAUCCGAUGUGCCCCAUGGAAGAAGUGGUGCGAGCUAUGAGUUACGUAAUACAACAAGGUUGGGCCAUGUACUGGGGUACAGCCAGAUGGUCUCAUGUUGAAAUUAUGGAGGCCUAUACCAAUUGCCGGCAAUUCAAUUGCAUUACACCCAUAGUCGAACAGUCCGAGUAUCAUAUGUUCUGCCGUGAGAAGUGUGAACUCUAUUUGCCCGAGAUGUAUAAUAAAAUUGGUGUCGGUCUUAUGGCCUGGGGACCAUUGUCAAUGGCUUUAAGCGAUACCCAGAAUGGAGAUAAGAUAUUUUUGCCUAAAGGCUCUUUCAAAACGAAAAGCUUUUCAUGGACCGAAGAUGAGAUUAAUCGAAAUGCUGCACUUUCCCCCCAAGGUAGUUGGGGUAAGGAUCGUAUCGAAGAAGGUCGCCGACAUUGCGAUCGUUUGCGAGAUUUGGCAGCUCUCGCCGAGAAGCUUGGCUGCAGUCCAACACAAUUGUCUAUUGCUUGGUCUCUUAAGCACGAGCCAGUACAGUGCCUUCUAUUGGGCGCUACCUCAGCAGAACAAUUACAUCAAAGUCUGCAAUCACUUCAGCUACUGCCGCGACUGUCGUCAAGCGUUAUGUUGGAAUUGGAGCGAAUCUUAGAGAAUAAACCAGUGCGGCCGCCAAUGAUAUCAACGUUGGCCCUUCGGUGACAAUCAGCUUGCCCGCAGGGUCCACUCAGCCUGAGCGGUGGUGGACCCUGCGGUGCUGAUUCGCCAAAGCAUGAGGAUGAGGCCUUUAUUGACGAAGUGGACGCUAAGGAUGCUACAAAGCAGGGUUUCUGUGUUAUUCAGUGACGAAAGGAGUCCUUAGAUAUUGAUAAUAAAUUUUUGAAAGUGAUUAGUAGUAAAACUAGCCUAAGUAGCAAUACUAUGACAACAACAAUAAGCAAGCAAGAACUACAGCAGCAACAGC